AUGGCUACAAACCAACUAGCAAACAGAAAAGAGGAAUUAUUAAAGCUUAUUACGCAGUUAGAGCAUGAGAAACCACUUUUCUCAAAAUAUGGUUUAAUCCCGGAUGAUGAGCUUGGGAAUAAAGCCCAACCUUCCGUUGCUGAACAGCCAGCUCCAGAUUUGAGUGGCAUCGAACUGCUUGAAAAUUCGCAGCGGACGAUUCAAAGUAGUGAUGAAGGGACUCCGCUGAUGGAUGAAGAAUCGACGAUGGAAGUUAAUGAAGCUGUCGAACACCAAAGCCGAUUCACCGUAGAACACGUUACCGAAGAAGCUGCUCCCUUAGCGAAAUUCUCGAUUGAUGACAGUAUUGAUCGUGAUACCAUUAUUGACCUUCCAGAAAGUGCAAAUCCGUUGACCCCGAAUUCUCUAACAAUCGGUUCUCUCGGCGCGCCAAAGAAAGUCAGCAUAUUUUCAUAUGAGUCCGAAAACCUAUUACGGCAUGCUCUGACAAAACAACCAAACGUACAAGAAGCAUCUCCAACCCGUUCUCAAAGCUUGCCCCUGGAUUUUCAUCCCGAUCCGGACAACCAUACACUGUUCGAAUGGAAAAUAGAUAGACCAGAUUUCCGAGCACGGAGCUCAUCCAAAUUAAUGGCCCUUCAUCCGCCUCGACAUAUUUUGGAGAAGAUCCCCUGUAAUCCGGAGCGAAUUUUGUAUUACAUAAAUUGGGUGUUGAAGGAGAUAUUCAAAAAUCAACGGAUCGAAGUGCUGAUCGAUGAUCAAAUGGCUGAUUUGCUAUGUUAUGCAUUUUAUGGAGAUCCGAGAGUCGUGGAGAAAUGGAGAUGCACAGAAGCCCCUCUAUUCUCGGCCCUACUUUGCGUCUUUGUUUCCGAGAUUAUGGAAGCGGAAUUUGACGAUUUGUACGAAAAUGACAUCGUUGAACUGUUUGAGCAACAGAAAAAAAACUUUGAUGGACUUAGCAAGCGCUUGAUAGAGCACUAUCACAAUGCAGAUUUCACAAAGACGAGGAGGUUAUUAGCUGAAAGAUACAUCCCCUCGAGAUCAUUGAAAACCAAGGGUAUUGCGUUGUUGAGAAUUGCGAAUAUGGCAAAUGCAGAUGAAUUUUUUGCCCAUGUCAGCUGCCAAAGGGCUGUUGAGGAUCGCUGGAAGCCUGGUUUUCGUUGCGACAAAAUAGCAUUCUUCAUGUUUUUCAUCUCUUUUGGGAUUCCUUUACUUUACGCUGGCCCACCCGGGAUUCAAUUUGAUGGAGAUCUCCAAUUCAAGCCUGAAAAUAUGACGGGUCUGAAGAGACGACGUUUCUGGGCCUUUCACACAUCUCCUUGCGCCAAAUUUGCGUGGCAUACGCUCUUCUACCUGGCGUACGUUGUGUUCUUUACAUUUUUUAUCAACCAACUUCAAUAUCUGGAGUCGGUGGUGAACAUUGUGACGGCGUUGGCGGGCUGGCUUUUCUUCUGGCAGCUUAUGUUCCCAAUCGAAGCUUGGUUUGAAUACAUUUUGCAUAAUCGUGGAAAACAAGAGUUCAAUAGUCACAUCUGGAAAUUUGUUUGGAACAAUCAUAAAACAACCCUAAUACAUACCUUAAUCAUGCUAUUAAAUGCGGGUGCUUUUAUUUUGCCGUUAAUUCUCGACAACGACCGAACGAAAUGGAUGAGUACCUCCUUUGCAAUUCCGUCGACGCGAGUUGAGAAUAUACGCUAUUAUUCACUUUCCUUGGCUGAGGCCCUAUUUACCAUCUCAUUUAUGUUUUCUUCUCUUCGGGUGUUGCGGGUUCUCAUUGUUGAUCCCUUUUUUGGUACAAUUGUUAUGACAAUACGGAAGAUGGUCCGGCUGUUCAUCUACUUCUUUGUGAUCCUCGGCACUUUUUGGUUUGUUUAUGGAUGGUGCCAGAUGGCACUACAAACUACAAAACGUAACAAACCGAAAUAUGGAAUAAUGUGGAAUCUGUUUAUCAACGGUGCUUUUGAGCUCUUUGGAGAAUUAAGCGACCCAAUCAGACAAGGUGAGCUGAAUUGCACAGAUAUCGAUCCGGAAGGUGUCAUUACCGGCAGUACAAUUCAGUGCCAAUUCCGAAGUUGGAUGGUACCCUUAAUCCUUUUUAUUUAUACAAUGACCACCUCAAUUCUUAUUAUUAAUAUUCUAACAACCCUUGUCAACCAAAAAUACGAAGACGUCAGCGACCGAGCUGAACAAAACCUACGCACGUUGCGCUAUAAGCGGAUGCUGGAAUAUGAAUCCAAACCGUUCUUCCCAGCCCCGUUGACUCUGCUCAAUUUGAUAUUCUGCUUCACUCACUUCUAUCACAAGAAAUAUACGCCUGAAAAAGGCAAACAAAUGGAGAAAUAUUAUUACUGUGUGGAUCCCGAACCGGAAUAUAGUAAAAAGAAGGGAAACAAGAAGGACGAAUCUCCGAUACAAACAACUGACAACAAUACAAUUCCGGAUGCGAAUGAUAACCAACCCGAAACGCUAAGAGACUUUGAAAGGGCCUGCAUGUUACGCUUUUCCUCCAAACCCGUGGAAGAGCACAUCUGCUCCGAAUGCAUGCGUUCAAGGAGCCGAAACCACUCGAAGCGAUUUAUUCCU